AUGGAACACGCUGUGCAUGAAUCCAACACUAGCAAUGAAGAUCUCCAAGAGAUUAUGAAAAACCGUGACACUCGAUGGUAUCGUGGCCAUCUUGGGAAACUCAAUCUCAUCUGUUUCCUAUGUAUCAUUACCUCGAUGAACAAUGGAUACGAUGGGUCGAUGAUGAAUGGUCUUCAAUCACUUGAUACCUGGAAAGGGUAUUUUGGCACACCAACUGGUUCAACACUCGGAAUAUUCAACGCUAUCCAGUCUAUCGGCGGCAUUGUAGGUCUUCCAUUCGCUCCGUUCCUCAAUGAUCGUUUCGGUAGACGAUGGACCAUGUUUAUUGGUGCCGCCAUCCAAAUCGUCGGCGUUGCUCUUCAAACUGGUGCCCAAUCAGUGGGGAUGUUCAUCGGUUGUCGAUUCUUGAUUGGUUUCGGUCUGGCUUUCUCCUGUCUCGCCGCCCCAACUUUGCUCACCGAGCUGGCAUUCCCUACCCAUCGGGGUCCUAUUACGUCUCUGUACAAUUCUACGUGGUACCUUGGAUCCAUUGUUGCAGCCUGGACCACUUACGGUACUUUCCGAAUCAACAACACCUGGGGUUGGCGUAUCCCUUCGCUCCUACAAGGUCUUCCGUCCGCUCUGCAAUUGCUGUUGAUCUUCUUUGUUCCCGAGUCCCCCCGUUGGCUAGUGGAUCAUGGUCGAGAUGAACAAGCUAUCAAGGUGAUUACAAAGCACCACUGCGGUGGGAACUCGGACGACCCCUUGGUAGCUUUCGAGUAUAACGAAAUUCGAGAGGCGCUACGACUUGAGAAGGCGGCCAACAAAUCAUCCACCUAUUUGUCCUUGUUCCGCGGUUCCGGUAAUCUUAAGCGAAUGAGAGUUAUCAUUGCGAUCGCCUUCUUCUCUCAGUGGUCGGGUAACGGUAUCGUUUCCUACUACCUCAAUCUUGCUCUGAACGGUAUCGGAAUUAGAUCUGCUGGCCAACAAACUCUCAUCAACGGUAUUCUUCAAGUCUGGAACCUGGGAACUGCCUACUUGGGUGCCCUUCUGGUCGAUAAAUUGGGAAGAAGACCCCUUUGGUUAAUCUCCGUUGGCGGUAUGCUUGCAAGCUACACAUUCUGGACGAUCUGCAAUGGUGUUUACGCUAAAUCAGCGACUCACUUGGAUGCCGAUGGCAAUCCGAUCGGUGCCAAUCAAGCUGCGGGUCAUGGUGUGCUGGCUGCGAUCUUCUUGUACUACGCUGCUUACAACUUGGCUAUGUCCCCGCUCCUGGUUUCGUACACUGUCGAAAUUCUUCCGUUUAGGAUCCGAUCAAAAGGAUUGAUGGUCAUGCAGAUGUCCGUCAACGCUUCACUCGUCUUCAACCAAUACGUCAAUCCAAUCGCCCUCGAUGCUCUCCAAUGGAAACUCUACAUCAUAUAUACCUGCUGGCUCGCAUUCGAAUUCGUAUAUCUUUGGUUCACCGUCGUUGAGACCAAGGGCAAAGACGGUCCUCUUCCUCUCGAGGAGAUUGCCGCUUUGUUCGAUGGUAAGGAGAUGACCGACCAGAUGAAGGCGGCUACCAGGGCUCAAACUAAUGGUCCUCAAGUCACCACUGCAAUCAGCCCUGACUUCGACGAGAAAGCAUUGCACUCGAAGGACAUCCCUGUUCACCAAGAGGUCCAGACAUUGUCACAUGAGCGAAGUUAUUAA